AGCAUCUGACGUGAGUCCUCGCAAGGAUUUGCAGGCGCCUUCUCCACCGUCUCCACCCGCAGACGUGUUUGCAGAUGAACUCUCUGGCUUGAAUGAUCGUGGGGAACUUGUAACCAGGCGUCAGCACCACAUGAAGAUUCCAGGUCUGGAAGCCUUAGUGCCUCAGAAAAAUGAAACUUUAGUGCCAGAUCCAGCACCUGCUAUUGCAGAUCCUGCACCACCACCGCCGACACCUCGUCCGAAAGCUGAGAGGAGGCAAUCAAGCAAACCGCGUGUAAAGCACUUGUCAGGGGACGAGAACGAGGCUGCACCAGAACCAAAGUUUUUCUCCGCACCAACGCGUCGGCAUCCGUCUAAAGGCACAACAAAGCCGCUGCGACCGCACAGCUUAAGGCUUCGCAAGAAAUCCAUCUUAUAGCCAGCAUCUUGGGCUCAUUUCCACUGAAGGGGAUACGGGCUCCAGGAUGCUCUCCAGAAAGAUGGUCCUCUCCUAGCUGGUUCUAAAAAGUCGUCGCACGGCGAAAGAGGAACUCACUGUGGUCGAAGCAGAGGCUAGUGCGGAGAAAAAGAGGCUAGAAGGCUGUUUAGAAUCGGUUCUUGGUGGAAAGGUGCCCAAGUCCGACGAUCCUGUGGUGGCAGCGAAGUGGCGACUUCUAGUAGGGCCCGAAGCUGAGGGUACUGAUGACGGGAAGCAAGAGGAGUCUCAGCGAGAAAUGCGGGAGUUGGCGGCGAUAUUGGAGUUGAUUCGCUUCGGAGAGGAGGAGCGGGCAGCUAAGGUUGGGGCUUUGAAUAAGGCCGCGGAAGAAGAGGCACAGGCCAAAGAAGAAGAUGGGGCGGUCGUCCAAAAACAAGCACAAGAGCACAGACGCAAGCUUUUUGAUUUGAUGUCAUGUCGGCAGUUGGAGAGUCUUUGCUCGGGAAUUUUUGACUUAUGGGUUGGUCGUGAAAACGAAAAACAUCCAUCACCAUCAUUAGAAUUACUACCUGGAAGUUGCGCAACUAUUGCUCAUGAUUUAAAGCACAAAGUAGAACACUAAAAGAGGCACAGGCUAAAGAAGAAGGAAGUUGUACAACUACAUUAUGACUUUCGGGGAAGUUGCACAACUAUUACUCAUGAUUUAGAGCGACGCUUAAAGCACUAAGUAAAGCAACCGGUUAGUUUUCACCCCGAUGUUCUAGGUCUACCCCUUUAUGCAAACUAUCGCUCAUGAUUUAGGUAAAGUCAUGCGAGUCUGACCAUUACGUGCCACUUCUAACGGCAGACGGCACCGACCCUGCCAACGACGAUCCUAAAGGAGCCGAAGAGCGAGAAAAGAGAGUGCGGCAAUGCUACAAGGACAUGCUGGCAGGGAUAUCUGUCGUUAAGGCUUGAUGCACUUCAUUUCGAGAAUUUAUGUCCCUCUUGGGAUUUUUCAGGAGAAAUGAACUGAAGAAGUGAUAGUUUGAGCGCUAAUGUAGUAGAGCCGACUCUUGUGGAGCUGAAGAGCUUUUUAAAGGACAACUUUCGAGACGGAUACGACUUGUUGGAAUUCGUACAACAGCGUGAGGAACAACGCGGACAGGAACUACAGAAGGAUCCUAACUAUGUGUGGCGCACGUUGCAGCAAAGCCUGAGUAAAGGAGGAAAUUGUGAGAGUCCGAAAGCUGGCGAUCAAGAUUCUUCAAUCAGCACUCAUGCUCCCUCGACAGCUCCUUCACCUGCAACUAGUUUUAUGAACAGUCGAGUCUUAGCCAUAGUGUCUUUUUGCAGGAUAUACAUCUUCUUCUAACUUCGACUCCAAAAGCAAUCGCAUCCCGAUUUCCCUUUUUUCGGUCUUCUGUUUUCGGUCCUGUGACGAAGAGUAAGCUUGUUGUAUAACGGAAAGAAGAGCUUAGAAGGAAAGAAGAGAAAACUAGAAGGAAGGUAAAAAGGAGAAAAAAAAAGGAGCGGAUCUCUUUCUCUACUGCGAUAUUGUUCAGAAUGUGUAGCUUUUCUACCAACCAAUUCUAGGAUCGUAGUUUGAUAAUUCUAUCUCCCUUCUAGACCUUCUAAGCCAUAGGAUCUACACGUCUUUGCGAACGUCGAAUGCAGAAUUCCAUUGUUGAGAAAACCUCCAACGCAGUGAAAUAUAUUCUUCUAACCUCAUCGCCGAAGAAGAAGUGCAAUCGUGCACUUCCUGUCGAAACCGGUUUAAAGCGUUGUUUAUCCGCAUUCGAAAGGUGGAGAUUCUGGUCCAGCAACUAGAAGCUUUGUCUCCCUUAUGGACUCGUUGUUGGUGCUGUGAGGCAUCUUUCUAUAGAUGAAAAAUAUGCAUCCUGUAAUGCUGUUGGAGUUGUACUGCAAGAAGAGGCUGGAAAGAAAGAAGUAAUAGCGUCCUCAUACGCACCUUGGAACAUGAUCAUCUUCAAGGGUAGUUGGACUGUAUAAGUAUGUGAAAGUAGACGCUAGUUCUUACACCUGCAAGAUACCAGAGAAGUUCUUACACCUGCUUUCAUGGUAGAACGAUACCAGAGAAGUAGGAAGUAUUUUUCCAAAAUUUACGUAGGCUCUAACUCCUCCAGAACGGAAGACUGCCAGCAAGGAAGCCGCGAGUAAAGAAGCAGCGCCAAAAUACGAACCACCAAAGUCGAGCUACAAUCCUGCGUUAUUGGCCAAAAGAAAACAAUUGAAAAGGCAACAGACAAUGUUAAGGCUAGGCAGGCUAUGUGCUUGGCUAAUGGUGAUUCCUUUUCAUCCACGGACUACAUUCUAAUAAAUGUCAGUAGUUUACAAUCCAAGGGAUAUGCUAAGGUAAAAACCAAAAAUCAAACCAUGGAGUGAGUGUUCAAAAAUACUCUGCUUCUAUUGUAUUUAUUAGUACCUCGUAAGGGUUUAGAUUCGCUGGUAGAAGUCGUCAGGGAAAUCCUAGGCAGAUCGCCGAGGAGAUUCGUGUCGUCACUACUUCGUUAGUAGUUUACAAACCAAAAAGCUAAUGGCUUGCAAAUUACCAAGGACUCGCCGCUCUAAUUUAUCGCACAACGAUACCAACUUCGAUACCUCUAGCUAGGCACAUACAUAAAUGGCGGAGCCUUGGGUAGGUAGUACUCGUUGAUCUUCAGAAAGAUGACCGAGGAGAACCCUAUUUUGAGCUGCUCUAAGAAUCGAUUUAGAAGGAAAACAAGAAGGUGAACAGGACGCUGGUGGUUUGGCUUCUAGGAUUACACCGAAAGUGACUGGAAAAGCUCUCUUCACCCGCAUAGAACAGCUGGCAACCGCGCGGGCAGAAAGAGAGGAAGAAAAUCAAAAUGGUGGUGGUGGGGGUAGUUCGACAUAG